CUACUACUAAUACUAGUACUACUGCUACAGCUACUACUACUACUGCUGAAAAUAAUAAUAAUAAUAAUAAUAAUAAUAAUAAUAAUAAUAAUUGAUUUAAUAUAUUUAGUAGUUUAUAAUAAGACUAAUAUUUAUAAUAAUAUCUAUAAAUAUUAAUCAAAUUAACAAUACUAUUAAUAAUACUAAUAGAAAUAAGAAUACAAAUAGUUUAUUCAAUAUAUAUAUAGUGCUUUUCCCAUUAUGGGGUAAACUCACCUUAUCCACCACUAAUGUAUAGGUGGACGCCAGUUGGAAGAUUGGUCUGGACAUUUUGACCCCCCAGGCUAAGGGGUCGGUCAUGGUGGGGGGUACCCACUCCAGAGCUGCCAAAAUGGUGAUGAGCCAGUCCAAGCAGGACAAGUACAGCUUCAUCAAACAAGAUAUACACUGCUCCUAUUACAGGUGAUAUACUUUUAUAAAUAUAAUAACUUCACUUGUAUUAUAAAGUUGACCUUCCUUUAUAUAGUCAACACUGCUCUCUACAGGCUAUAGUAAGGUAUAGACUGGGUUGGUUAAACUAUAGAAUAGGUAUAAUAAAGGUUAUAUUUACAGGUAGGAUAUUAUAGGUGAGGGUUGGAGUUUUGCACACACUCUGGGGUGUUAAAUAAUUGUUAUUUUGUUAUAAAAGAGCCUUUUGUUUCAAUUGUAACUAUAUAAUGUGUUUUGUUGACCUUUGUACCCUCAACACUGUUAAUGAAUUAGAUUUCUUGAAAAUAGUAAAACUUUUAUCCCCAUAGAUAGGUCAACUUUUAGGCAAGGACUUUCUUUGAUGAACCCCUCAAAAAGGUCACAAAAAGAAAAAAACACUUACAGAAUGAUAACAAAGUAUUAUAUUCUCUAUCUUGUGUUUCUUCCUCAGUUACCGCCUGAUAGAGGACCCUCCCCUGCACCCUGAGUUCUCUCGCUCCCUGGGCUUACUGCCCCCCCUAUACACCGACCAGACCAAGGUUGACUACAGACGUUUCCUCGCCACCUUCGGUACCCACUUCAUCUGGAAGGUUAAACUGGGGGGGCGGGUGAAGAGCGUCACCUCACUGCGCGUGUGUAAGGUAAGACUUCUCAAACUCUGCAAAUUACAUGUUUUGUUCUCCUUAUUAUUGAUAGUGGUAUGCCUAUUUGUUCUGUACAACUUAUUGAAGAUGCAUUGUUCAUAUAUUUAUGUAGAUGAUAUAUUUGACCUGUUUUAUUUCAAUUGUAUGACAUCACAUUUGAUGUAAGAGUCUGCAUAUGUACCAAGUGGUUUUAAUAAACCUAAUCCUAGGCGGCCCUCAGUGGUUACAACGAGAACGAGGUCAAGGACUGCCUGGAGGCCGAGGCCUCUGUCGGCACCAGCACCGGAACAGCCGAAGUCAAAACAGAGACAAAGUUCUGCAAGAGUGACCUCAAAAAACAUGACACCAAGGAGAGCUUCAGCAGUACCUUCAAAGAGAGGUUUGAUUGAUUUUGAUUUUAUAGAUUUUUUGGUGGGAUUCAUGGGCAUUAUACAAGACUUAUAAAAAACUAAUUUCCAAUAAGGUCCUCAUGUAAGACAAAACAUGACUAAUGAUAAUAAACUAACAAACAGGUUCACCGAGGUGAUAGGGGGACAGACGGACGGAACGACCGACCUGCUCUUCUCCCCGAAGGGUGCAAAACUCCAUGGCCUUCAGUGACUGGGCAAGAAGCCUGAAGACCAUACCUGAUGUCAUCAACUACUCCCUCCAUCCUCUCCACCUAUUGGUGAAAAAGGCCAGCAAGAGGGCGGGGCUGAAGAAGGCCGUGGAGGACUACAUCCUGAAACACAGCCUGGUCAAGCACUGCUCUGGGAAGUGUAAGGGGGAGUCCAGGUCCAGUACCCAUGACUCCUGUCAGUGUGUGUGCCAGACCAGCAAGGAGAUGACCAGCCAGUGCUGCCCGCAGGAGAAGGGCCUGGCCCACCUGACCGUCACCGUGCUGAAAGCCAGGGACCUCUGGGGGGACACCACCUCCCAGACAGACGGCUUCGUCAAGGUAUUAUCUCUUUUAAUUUAGAAUUUUAAUUGACUAUGAAGCUUGUUUUUAAGUGCACUUUAAAACAGUCUAGGAUUUGACAUGGGUUACAUCUCCCUAGUCCCAUACCUGAGCUGCACACUAAAAGAAGUGGCAAGGACCUUGUUUUGUCGUUUUUCUAAUCACAUACUGUAGCUUUCAAUCAAGUUUGAUUUGAUUUGAUUUGUCAAGGUGUUCAUGGGCAACGACGCCAAGCAGACCAGGGUGAUUCAGAACAACAACAACCCCAUGUGGAAAGCAGCCUUACAAUUUGGGACCGUCAAGCUCUCCCUGGCCAGUGAGCUCAAGUUUGCCGUGUACGAUGAAGACAGAUGGUCGAACGAUCUCCUGGGGGAAUGCAUUGUCCGGCCCGUCAAAGCUGGGUUUCACGAAAGUAUGUGUCCCAUGAAUCACGGCAGCCUGUUCUACUCCUACAAGGUCGAAUGUGCCCCAGGACUUGGUGGCCUCACCUGUGGGGAGUACGCCCCUUCCAGGAUGAACUCUGACCUCGCUUACCUCUACACCUCCCGCAACGCCCUGAACAUGACUCAGGAUCUGCUGGCUCACAUCCAGAUGGGCCGGCCCCUAGGAGACCCUUUGGCCUUCUUGGUGAAGCAGAGGGAUAAUGGUCACCCUCGUAUCCCUGCCCUCAGUGAGCCGUGA